AUGAAGGCUGCUUGUACCGCCUAUCGAUGCCUCACCAAAGAUCUAGAAGGCUGCGCCAUGAACCCAGAGAUGACAAUGGAAAGUAUCGGCAGUUUGCACGGGGCAGCCGGCGGCAGCAGCGGCGGCGGCGGCGGCGGCGGGGGCCCGGCCCAUGAGCAGGAGCUGCUGGCCAGCCCCAGCCCACAUCACACUAGCCGGGGCGCAGGCUCGCUGCGGGUCCAGCCUCCUCACCAGGACCUGGGCACCGCGUCCUCCCGCUCAGCCAUGGUGACCAGCAUGGCUUCCAUCCUGGACGGGGGUGACUACCGUCCGGAGCUGUCCAUCCCGCUGCACCACGCCAUGAGCAUGUCCUGCGACUCGUCCCCUCCGGGCAUGGGCAUGAGCAACACCUACACCACGUUGACGCCACUCCAGCCCCUGCCGCCCAUCUCGACGGUCUCCGACAAGUUCCACCAUCCACAUCCCCACCACCACCCGCACCACCACCCGCACCACCAUCACCACCACCACCAGCGCCUGUCCGGCAAUGUCAGCGGGAGCUUCACCCUCAUGCGGGACGAGCGGGGGCUACCAGCCAUGAACAACCUCUACAGUCCCUACAAGGAAAUGUCCGGCAUGGGGCAGAGCCUGUCUCCUCUAGCAGCCACCCCUUUAGGAAACGGGCUGGGCACCAUCCACAACUCCCAGCAGGGCCUACACAACUAUGGGCCCCCGGGGCACGACAAGAUGCUCAGUCCCAACUUCGAAGCCCACCACACUGCCAUGCUAGCCCGAGGGGAUCAGCACCUCUCCCGGGGGCUGGGCACCCCGCCCGCUGCCAUGAUGUCGCACCUCAAUGGGAUGCAUCACCCCGGCCACUCGCAGUCCCACGGGCCGGUGCUGGCUCCGAGCCGGGAGAGGCCGCCGUCCUCCUCCGGCUCGCAGGUGACCAACUCGGGACAGCUGGAAGAGAUCAACACCAAAGAAGUGGCCCAGAGGAUCACGGCUGAGCUGAAGCGCUACAGCAUCCCCCAGGCGAUCUUUGCCCAGCGGGUGCUGUGCCGUUCUCAGGGGACCCUUUCUGACCUGCUUAGGAACCCCAAACCUUGGAGUAAACUGAAAUCUGGCAGGGAGACCUUCAGGAGGAUGUGGAAAUGGCUGCAGGAACCGGAGUUCCAGCGGAUGUCCGCCUUACGCCUGGCAGCAUGCAAACGCAAAGAGCAAGAACCAAACAAAGACAGGAACAAUUCCCAGAAGAAAUCCCGCCUGGUUUUCACUGACCUCCAACGUCGAACACUCUUCGCCAUCUUCAAGGAGAACAAGCGCCCAUCCAAAGAGAUGCAGAUCACCAUUUCUCAGCAGCUGGGGCUGGAACUCACCACAGUCAGUAACUUCUUCAUGAAUGCCCGACGUCGCAGCUUAGAGAAAUGGCAGGACGAUUUAAGUACAGGGGGAUCCUCAUCAACCUCCAGCACUUGUACCAAAGCAUGACUGAAAGAAUCUAAAUUGGGCACAAGUCAAUUGUAAAAGGAAAGAAACAACAACAGAAAGGAAAAAAAAACACAGGAUUCUUAGCUGGGGCCCUUCACUGGUGAUUUGAAAGCACAAUUCUCUCAAAAAAGAAAUUUCUAUUCUAGCUGUAAUCAUAGGACAUGUGUUCUUUUUUUAUGGCUAUGGAGUCUAAGUGCAAGCUAAAAAUUAGUCUCUUCCACAAAAAUACUAUUCUGUAAACAUGCUAAGCAUAGCAGAAACCUAAAUGAGUCUCUCCUUAAAAGCCAGUUAAUUCCAAUGUGGUUUCAGCCACACAGGAGUGCUUAAAAAGAAAACAAUCCAACACAGUCUUACUAGCCUCUUGCAGACAAAGUUCCCAUGAAUAGCAGUGGGAAUCUGGCCUGUGUGAGGAAUUCCAAGUCUGGGAUCCCCAGAUGCUUCAGUUAAGAGGAGAUUCUAGGAAUAUUUAUGACCUCAUUUGCUUUCCAAAUGCUUAGCCUCCUCUCACUACAAUAUACCAAAGUUCACAGCCAUAACUAGUGAAAUCUAAAAAUGAUAAUUACUGAGCACAAACCUUAAAUGUGGAAAUCAAAUCCUAGAACCUGUUUUUCCAACUCAGGCAUCUUUUCACCAAAUGGUUUAGGAGCUUUUAGGUCGAUCCAGUUGACAGUCUUCUUUCCCUUACCUCCAGAAAGUCUCAUACGUUUAUGGAUCGGUUAAAACAAAAUCCAUUCACUUGAGCUCAAGUAUCAAGCACAAAGAUGAUAACUAUAGAAAUAAACAAGGUUCUGGAUUCAUUGCAUCUGUAUUAUCAAGACAUUGAUUCUGAAGUCAUUAGCGGAUAGCAAGGGAACAAGGAUGGCUUCAAGCACAUUUUGCAGUUUGCCACCAAUUCUGUGUUUGUACGUGAUGCAGACGCUCACUCAGGAGGCCAAUUUAACUGCUAUGGUACAUGGAGCAAAUGCAACAUAUUAAAAGAUCUAGAUUUUUUUAGAUCAUUAGUGUAUUCUCCUUGGUUAUUGACCAUCUAGUCAUUCCUAUUGUGCAUUAUUACCACAACAUCCAUCUCAUUAUUACUAUUUCAAAUUUUGUUGCUAUUUCAUACAUUCCUUUGGUGGGGUCCCUCAAUGUUUGCUGACCUUGGGGGAAAUUCCAACAACCAACCAACACGUCAUCUCAACACUAUUGUUCCUAACUUUUCAUCUGAAUUCCAACCCUCUUUCAUUGUUAAGUCAUCCUUGUAUAACGACUGAUUAAAUCUGGAGAAAACACAGCACACCAAAGAAGCAGAGUCCUGCAAACCAAAGACAUUUCUUACUUGCCAUUUUCUAGCCUAAAAAUACUGUGAUUACUUUUAGAAAUCAGAAUGCCUCUGCAAUUCCAAAUGGCACUCAGCUCUUGCAUUUGGCUGGCCCUUUGGGUGAGCAGUAUGGCAAUGCCGAGAACAUUAGCCAAGUCACAUGGGGAGGGUUAACCACACUGGCUGUCCAUGGUGGUGACCAGCUUCCAAAUGAGGCCUACAGUCCUUCUCCUGGAGAUUUUGAUGGUCACAAUGUGCAUAUUUACCAGUGAAUGGCCCCUGGAGAGCACCAUUGGAGUGUUCAAAAGCAAGCCAAACACUGCAAUGAUUCUUUAAAGACACUUGAGACUUUUUAUGUAUUACUUAAUCGAAACCAAAGAAACUUUUCUGCACCUACUUCUGCAACAAAAAAAACUGUUCCAUUAAAGAUGAAUAAGUAAAAAAAAUGAAUAGUAAAUGAAAAACAACAAAGAAGAAGGAAAAACAAUGCUGUGUGACACAUUGUGUCUGGACAGACCUCUUGGGACAUUUUUCGGAAGCAGAUUUCAAAGAAAGGGUUGAAACAGGAAUGGAAACAAAGAAAAGCCUCCAUUGGCUGCUGCUUCAUUUGACAACUCACUUGGUAAUCUUAAAGUUGAAGAUUGUCUUUAAUUUGUGCCUAUGCAGUUUUUCAAAAGAACAAGGAACAGAGCAACGGAAACCUCAACAGCUACAAUACCAAAGAUGAGGAUUUCUCACACCUUUUGUUUCAGUUCAUUAUCUCUUCUUGCACGGCUAAAAUGCUAAUACCAUCAUUGAUUUGUGUAAAGGUAAUCAAUUCUGUUUCUUUGAGCAACAAAAGAAAAGGGUCAUUUAUUUUAUUUUAUUUCUUUUUUUUGUUUUUGUUUUUUGCUUUUGUUUUUAUAGUCUCUACCCAGCACGGAAUCUUUCCAAAGGUACCACAGACUCCAAGUGUAAGAUGUUGGGAUACUUAACUAAUCUCUCUUCUCCAUCCAGGGAAUGUGGGAGAAGAGAUUGUCACUUGAAUGUUCUUUGCCUGACCACCUAAAAUUUGUUCCUAGUAUCCGAGCCUUAUCAUCAGGGGAGUGAAGGGGGGCACUGUGCUGGGCAAAUCUUUUUCCCUUCCACAAUACCAAAGAGUUUGCCAUCAUGAUAGCUUUGUCUCCAUGUAGUUGCUACAUCUGAACAGGGCUCAUUUCAGAAAACAUGUAAAAAUUAUUGUGAUUUCUACUUUUCUAUUAGCUUUUAAAAUCAUCUAUA